AUGAAACAAUUCAAAUUUGAUCGUGUAUCUGUUUUAACUCUACCUAGAAGAACAAGAAAGGUCAAACCUAUUAAUGAUAUACAACUUAAUCCAACUAUCCAUUCAACACCUGAUAAAAAGAAUUCUAAUGAUCCUAAGACACUAUCAUCUACUAGUGUAUCAUUGCCAAGUGAUUUAAUUCAAGAAAAGCAAUCGUUGCAUGCAAUGUUGUCGAUGCCUAAUAAUGAUUCUAAAUUAUUACCAAAAGAAAUGACUACAACAACGUCAACAACAGCAACAACAACAUCAGCAACGUCAACAACAGCGACAACAACAUCAACAACGUCAACAACAGCGACAACAACGUCAACAACAAUGACAACAACGUCAAUAACAUCAACAACAACGUCAACAACAGUGACAACGACAUCAACAACGUUAACAACAGCGACAACAACAUCAACAACGUCAACAAGAUCAACAACGUCAACAACAUCAAAAACAACGUCAACAACAUCAAAAACAACGUCAACAACAACGUCAACAACAACGUCCGUUACCACGACUACUGCACGUUUGCUCGUGAAUAUCACACAACCAGGUGAUUCAAUUGUUGGCAUUUGCAAUACCAUAGCAGGUGGAUCUACCGGUGCAGUCAAUUUCAGUUAUCCAAGCAAUGAAAACCCAGCAAAUGCUAUUGAUGGUUCAUUAAGUACCAAAUAUCUAAAUGGUGGAGAUUCAUCACCCAGUUGUUCUGGUUCAAGUGCGGGUGGGAUAAAUACUGGGUUUUAUGUGACACCUACGAUAAGUAAUGCAUCUGUUGCAAUUGGUCUUCUUUUUGCAACUGCAGCAGAUUCUCCUAGUCGAGAUCCAAUAACAGUAACUCUUGAAGGAACAAAUGCGACAGGUACAACAGCUCUCGAUUUGGGAUCAAGUUGGACAUUGAUUUAUAGUGGUUCAACCGGCAUCAGUUCAUCAACUGAUCCUGGGCGUCAAACAUACGUGUCUCAACAAAAUUUCUCGAAUACAAUUGCUUUUGAAAGUUAUCGACUCCUAAUUACUUCAAAACGUGGUACUGCGAAUUCAGCUCAAUAUGCUGAAGCUCAUAUCAUCGGAUACAUAAUACUCUAG